CCAUAAACUUUUUACAUAGCUUUUUAGAGCCAUUUCUUGAGGAAUUGAGUGUGUUCUUGAUCUAAAUUAGUUUACUCAUAUUCUACUCUUUAAGAGAGUUUUUGUUCUUGAGUGGUUAAGUGUUGUGAACACUUUAAGGGAGACUUAAUCAAAUUCAAUAAUUUGAAAAUUGGAUAUCUUGAUCGGAAAUGUCAGAGACAAGUAAGGAUUUCUCAAAGCAGACGAAAAUCCUCCAAUCCGGAAGACUACAUAAGAACCGGAUGUCUCGCUACAACCCGCUGAAGGCUAAAGAUUGCAAAAAGCACAAUCUGGACAACGUCGCCAAAGCAGCCAUCUUCAAGACACUUGAUCCCAUCACCUUCUCCAAGAUUAAGCAUCUCAAGACUGCCAUGGAGAUUUGGCAAGGUCUUGGGAAGCUAUGUGAGGGAUCAGAGGACCUGAGAAAGCAGAAGAUAGAAGUCCUGCUUGAGAAGUUCAAAAGCUUCAAAAUGCUUCCCGGAGAAUCAUUUGAUAUGUUGGAUGAAAGAUUCCACAAGAUAUUGAAUGAUCUUGCUUCACUUAACCACAUUCUUUCUCCCAAAGAAAAGAAUGUAAGGUUGCUGAGAUCACUCCCAACUGAGUGGUACACCAAAGCCACAGCCAUGGAAGAAGGAAGAAACCUGGAGAACUACACUCUUCAAGGUCUCCUUGAUGAACUCAGAACCUAUGAGCACGAGCUGAAGAAGAAGAAGGAAGAACAAGUCACUCCCUUCCCCACGGCAUUGAUGACAACUCCAAGAAUCCCAUCAAGUGAAGGGACAUGCACAAGAAACUGUGACACACCUUCCUCCAGCCAGCUGUCAAGCUCAAAAAUGGAGAACUACAAUGAGGAAUUUGCCAUGAUGGUCAAACAAUUCCGGAAGUUCAAGAAGUUCUUCAAGAAGGCUGAUUCAGUCAGAAGGCCAUCCAAGGGAAAGCCACAAGUGGAGAAGUACGGAGAAAGAGAAAGGAACGAGAAGAAAAAGAAGGCAAUGGUUGCUGCUGAAAAUGACGAGUCAUCCAGCUCAAGCUCGGAUGAAGAAGCCCUCAUCUGCAUGGAGCGCAGAGUUGAGAAGUCCAACCAUGAGGAUAGGUGGACUAUGUCAGAAGAUGACACUCUCUCCCUAAUGGCCAAAGAUGAUGCUGAUCAAGGGGUAACCCCACAAACCUCCUGCUCAUCUUCUUAUAGCAUACCAACUUCUGAAAUUCUUUUUGACCAGUUCAAAAAGAUGAUGGAAGAUUUUGAGGAGAUAAAUCUCAAACACUCAUCCUUAACAGAAGAGAACAAACUAUUGAGUGAAGAGAAUCUCAAGUUGACUGAAAGUCAGAAAAGUCAACUGAAUGAGAUCACUCAACUCAAGACUGAAAAUGAAUCUCUCUCUGAAAAGGUGAAAUCCCUUAACAAAGAGCUAGGGAUACUUAAGUCCAAAGAAGCAGUGAACAAGCUUCUUGAAACGACCAAACAUAAGGGUCGUGAAGGACUUGGGUUUGACCCCUCUAACUCCAAAAGGAAAGGGAAAACAACUUUCAUCUCUCCUAAACCUACUACCAAACCAAAUAAGCAGAAAGGGAAGGAAAAGGAGAAACCAACAGAAGUUCCCAAAAAGUUAGUCUCUCCUAAGAACUAUAGGAAGCUGGACAGACCUCAAAAAGGAAACAAUUUCAGAAGAAAACCUUCUAACCCCCAAUAUACACGAGGCUAUACUCAUUAUGGGGUAGACAGGAGUUUUCCGAGAAAUUCUGAGUGGAGAACUAUGCCAAGAUAUAGUCAUACUCCACCCCAGAAACUAUUUGUGACACCUAAGUAUGCUUAUAACCGACACAGGUCACACUAUGCACAACCUAGACAAAACUAUAGGUCUUACCAACCUAGGUUUGCUAGGAGGAAACAGAAAAUUGCACCUCCUGCACGUAGGAAGUUUUAUGCCUACAACUAUGAUUACAAUCCCAACAAGUUUAGAGCUGCAAGGAAAAUUCCCUGCAACUUCAAACUUGAUGUAGGGACACACACCAUUAACUAUUCUGGACCGAAACUGAAUUGGAGAAAUCCGGAUUCAAACGGUGCUGAGCCCUCCGGAAAUUUUGGCCAGCCUUCCAAUAUUCCGGAUAUCUCAAACGGCGACAAUUCCGGAAAUGGCGACCCAGUGCCAAUCCAUCCGGAAACACCAACAACUUCUGUUCUUCAACCAGAAGCUGAACUAGAUCAACCAGUUAAUCCUAAUCAACACAAUCUUCGUUGGUUAAGGGAUCAUCCUCCCCAACAAGUCAUUGGAGAUAUUCAAUCUGGCGUUCGCACAAGAAGUGCUCAGCAGAAUCUAGAAGCUAUGCUUGCUGGUUUAAUCUCACAAGUUGUCGGCGCAAAUGUUCAUUUCCAGAAGUUGGAAGCCAAAUGCUCCUCACUGGCAUUCUAUCAAAGCCAUCUGGAGAUGAUAGCUGCUCAAGAACUCUCCGAAUUUCUUCAAAUGGAGAUUCGCCUCAAAUUUGAAGAAGAAGUUCUUGAAUUCUACAAAAAUGGAGAGGUCAAGACUGUUCAUUCAAAGAAGGACCCACAGAGGAAGCUUCAAGUCAUCAAAUCCACUGUCGGAGGGAGAAAAGUGAAGCUUUCGCAGAAGAAUUUGGGAGAAAAGCUUCACCUUCCCAAUUCUGGAGUUGAAAUUGGGAGAUUUCCAGUCAAAAACCUGGACUGGAACAUCUUUGGAAUUUCUGGACAAGCUCCUUCUGGCCAAGUGAAGAAAGCAGAUCUGAACAACGACUACAAAUUAGUUUUGGAACUGGUCAUCGCUUGCCUCGAGUGUGGAAGUGGAGGUCAACUAAUGACAUCACGCAGGAGAGAGCCUUCAUCAUCAACGAAGUAUCUUUGUCAAGGUCUAUACAUUGGACAUAUUUUGGAGUCUAUGGGUGCUGCUUCUAAAGGAAAGAAGUAUGAAGAGAGAUAUUGGUUAUACUAUCUGUCUUCAAAAGGAGAAAACAGAGCUGGUGCUAGUGCUACUGCAGAGGAAAGCUCAUCAGAUAAUGUCCCACUCAUCAAUCUGACGAAGACUGCCAAAAGGAAGCAAGUGAUGUCUUCCUCUCUCAGUGUAGAAGCACCAAAGAACCAUGUUCCAGUGAAUCUUGAAGAAGCAGAAGAAGUCUCUGUCCAAAGAGAACUUCAAAGGACGAAGAAGAGGAAAAUCACUUCUCCCUCAACAUCUGGAUAUCCUGAAAAGGAGAUCCCGGAAAAGUCAGCAGAAAUUCCGGAGCAGUCAACUUUUCCAGAAACAAAUGAAGAGGAGCAAGCUGUAGAAGCCCAGAGAAGUUCUGCAGAAGCUGAGAAGGAAACUCAAAUGGCAGAACUGGAGGCCUCUAAAUCUCCAGUAGCCAUUUUUGAAGAACAUAAUGAAGCUGAAGAAAGAGACUCCCUCUCUAGGGAUAUAUCAAAUUUUAUACUUGAGGAAGCAGAAGAAGAAUCUGAAAGGACGCUGAGGAUCAAUGAUGAAGAAGAUGUGCAAGAAGAUACUGAAUCUCUUCCUAUGCAACUUUUCCAAAGAACACCCUCUUCUCAUCAGGUAACCAACUUCCAUUUCCAUAGCUCUUCCAUUCCUAGUCUUCCGGAUGAGGUACCGGAAACCUGGACAAAGAAGGUCCAAGGGUUGAUUGAAUCAGCCCUAGCAUCUCAACGUGCCUCCUUUAGGCAAGAGAUAGAGCAGAUGGAAGCCAGGUAUAACAAGCUGAUUAAGAAAUCCGAAGAGACACACUGCUCCAAUCUCAAGGAGAUAAGCAAAUCAGUGGAUAAGACUCUAGAGAUCAUUUCUCUAUUGAGUAACAUUGUGAGAAACACGAUGGAGACAUAUGCAUCUGACAGUUAUCUUCAACUCAAGGAGGUUAACAAAAUCAGAGAGCAAAUAGCAAAUAUCACAGUUAGUCUACAAAAACAAAUGUCUCUUCUCCAAAUGGACAUCAGAUCAGCUCUGGCAGUGUCUUCAGAAAAUCAAGUAGUAACCAAAGACUACUUGAAGGUAAUCAUUGACAAUCAGAAGGAAGCACACAAACUAUUCAGACUUCUUACCACAAAUUCUGGAAAUCGCAAGAUGGAAGUGGUUCUUCAACAACACAGUCCAUCCUUGAUUCCAGAGCUCCCUAUUGCAGUCAAAGAAGGAGAAGUCUCUUAUAUUCCUACGCAUCUGAACUUGACUGAUCUAAUCCUUGACGCUCCGAGAAGUAAUCCGGAAAACUCAACACAUCACCUAUCCAGCUCAGGAUUGGAUGGAACAGAGGUUGUAGGAACAAUUGCUGCUCACUUCUCAAAUGAUAACCAAACAGAGGAGAGACGCAACAACAUAAGGCGCAUCAAAGAACUAUGUGGAAACAUGCAAGGCAUCAUGGAGAUUCCCGGAUCUUCAAAGCGAAAGAAGCACUGAAGGCUUUUUUCAUCAAACCAGGGGGAAAGUACCAGCCAGAGCAAAAGAUUGGAAUCCUUGAUCGUGAUUAUAGGCUUGCUUUAUGGUAAUGGGGACAACCUCUAUAGCAUCUUCAUCAUCUGGAUAAGGUGUGCAAGGAUGGGUUCCAUGGAGAUAGGAUUACUUGAACUGAAAAGGACUAGGGUUCUUCUCAUACUCAUCUUGAGCUACUCUGGCUUGUUCUUUUG